AUGUUCAAACAUAUCUUGUUCGACUCAAUCUCAGAAAUUUAUGCUGCUUAUAAUCAGAAAAUUUAUAAUAGAAUUAUACACCCUCAUACUGAUGAAUCUGCAAUAGACAUUGAUUUGAAAAAUGAAAUUCAUAUUUAAUUAUAGCAAAUGUAAUUUAUUCUCUUUUUUGUCUGUAUUAUUGCAUUAGUCGAUUGUGAAAUGAAGGUUCUCAGACCCGCUGAUUUGGUGGAUCGCUUAGGGUCUAAAAUAUAAAUUGCAUUACCUAAUUUUGGUGUGAUUCCAUUUGGACAUAGACUAAUGGGAUAUGUUGAUAUGGCUGAACCCCAAGAUGGAUGUAGUGCACUUCAAUUGGCUUAAGGAAGUCAAUUUAUUUUGAUGGAAAGAGGAAAUUGUUCAUUAGUCUCUAAAGUCAUGAAUGCCGAGAGAGCUGGGUACUCAUUAGCCAUAAUUGGCAAUGAUAAUGAACGUCCCUUAGAUUCUGAUUUGGUUAUGGAAGAUGAUGGUCAGGGAUACUUAGUGAAUAUUCCAUCAAUCAUAAUUUCAUAAAGGGAUUUUUUUAUUAUGAGGGAUUACGUUAAAAGUCUGGGAGUGGUUGAGGUUUCCGAUGAGAAGGUUUUUACCUUAGUCAAAUUUGAUGUUGAAAAAAAGUCAAGAGUAGAUGUAACAUUUAGUUUGGACGUAAGUGACAGGGAUUCAUUCAGAGUAGUUGAUGAAUUCUCUGAAUAUUAUGAUCUCUUAAAAUAGGAGGAUGUUGGUUAUAAGAUUGUUUAUUAAAUCUUGGCUGGCAACACUAUUGGCAAAGAUAUAGAAUAUUAAAUUGAUGCAGAUAAUUGCAUUUGUUCAAGAAGGUAUUGUGCAAUCGAUCCAGAUGGGAAAGGAGUAGCAUCGGGAAGAAACAUAGUGGAAGAAGUUCUUAGAUAAAGUUGCAUCUUUCAAAAUGAUGGAAAAGAAUAUUUUCUAUACAUGAAUGCAUUUAAUUUUAAAUGUACUUAUGCUCAAGCUUAUAAUUUAUGUGGAAAUAAGAUAAUAAACACUCUUAAAUUGUCUGCAGAUAAGAUUAAUAACUGCAUAGAGGAGUCUUUUAAGGAUAUUUAUGAUCAUAGUGUAACCAAGAAUUAUACGAAUGCUUAUAAUAUAAUUUUGGAGUAGCAACUACAUUAAGCUGACUUUGCUGGUAUGGUUGGCAUACCAUCAGUGGCUGUGAACUCAGUGGUUUACAAGGGGUAAUUAACAGGCAAGGGAAUUUUCGGUGAAAUUUGCAAUAGUUUUAUUACUCCUCCUUCGGUUUGCAAAUCUGAAGUGGAUAACUAUUAGCAAUUCUAGUAUGAGGGUUAGCAUUAUCUAUUUUGGGUGAUGCUGGUUGUUUCUAUUCUGAUCGCAAUUUUCAUUAUCGUGUUGUACUUCUUGUUCAAGAAGUUCGUGCUUAGAGAUAGUGUGGAGGUGACUCAGGUUUAGGUUAAUGAGAUGGUGAGUCAGUACAUUAAAUUUAAUGAGGGGAAAGGACAGCAGAAACAAAAUUCUUUUUGA